GUCAACCUCUUGUCCACGGAAUGCGCUACUGCCUACAGUCGGCCGCACGCAACCUCGGCUCCCUCUCUAUGCACGACUGGAAGUUGGUACACCACAGCCCCCACCAUGGAGGAGCCGGCUAGCGACAGAGCCGGCGAGAAACAAGUCUACGGCAGCGCGAAAGCUUCCAGAUUUCAGUUCAAGACGUCAUCGGGGCGGCGCUCGAAGCGCAAACACCGCGAUGUGGACGACCAAGAGGAGCCGAGGAAGCGAUCCAGUUCCACACGCUGCCGCUCAGAUGAGGAGAGCGACUCAAGGCGGCGCCACAGGCAAUCGAAGCGCAGGCACAAGCAUCGCGACCAUGGCCGCACCUUCACGCGAACUGGCGACUACGAAGACCCCGACCACCGCCACCGCGAGUCUCUUUACGAUCCCUUGAAUAACGGAUCGCCCGACGUCGACUCUGACGCCAUAUUCCGCGAGUCCAUCUUCGAUGCCAUGGCCGACGACGAAGGCGCAGACUACUGGGAAGGAGUGUACGGCCAGCCCAUCCACAUAUAUCCAAACACCAAGCCAGGCCCGGAUGGAAGACUGGAACGCAUGACAGACGAGGAGUACGCUGAUUUCGUGCGCACCAAGAUGUGGGAGAAGAGCCAUCAGCACAUUCUCGAGGAACGCGCGGCGCGGGAGAAGGCGCGCCAGAGUCGGAAAGAGCGGAAUCGCGACCUGGAGGAGGAGACUGCCAAGGAAGAGGCAGAAAGGGAGAAUAUCCGGCGGCAAAUGGAAGACAGUCUGAAGCGUGGCGCGGAGCGGAAGAGGGCUAAAGAGGCGGGCGCAGCAUGGGCAACAUACACCACCAAAUGGGACCAUCUCAGGUCCUUGCAAAACCCUGGGCUCCAUGACCCACCGAAAAUCAUUCCUUGGCCCGUCGCCUCUGGCCGAGCCAGCCUGGUAGAGGCCAAGUCGAUUGAACACUUCCUGAAAUCUUCGCCCAACUGGAGAGACGACGCGUUGGCCUUGCUGAAGAUGGAGCGUGUUCGUUGGCAUCCCGAUAAGAUGCAGCAGCGAUUUGGCCAGCAUCUCGACGCUGAGACCCUGAAACUCGUGACAGCUGUUUUCCAGGUUAUCGACCGGCUAUGGAACGAACGGAACCUCCGCCGCUGAUGCAGCGUCUUCAACCUUUCCAUGCAAUCAUAUACAGUCCGGUCGACCAUGACCUACGCCUGCACGCCAUUGUACCAUUCUCACCCC